UGCUGUGGACACGCUCUCUGUCUGUCUGUCUCUCUCUCUCUCUCUCGCUCUCUGUUUCUGUGAGCAAGUCUCUCUCCCAGCUGAAACACAUAAAGAAGACUGAGGGACAAACUCAACACACUCAAGAAAAGACAUGGCAUUUUUGUCUUCACCUACUUGCUUCCAUAUUCCACUUCCUGUUACUCCAUCUUCAUCUUCUUCCAGAAAACAGCUCCUAAAGUGUCUGGAUUUUCCCAAGUACCAUAACAACCAUGCACUCCUAAAGUGGACCUUCACACACCGAUCCUCUUCCUAUGAUCCUGUGGUUCCUGCUCCAAGAAACCACUUCAAAUGCUUCUCAAGGAGGCAACUUCAAUCCGAUGAUUCUGAAUUUGAAUUCGAGAGACUCUUUUCCAACCUCAACCAAGCCACAUUGAAAAGAGAACCCGGAAGUUUAUCGAGUGCAAUAUUCCUUGUAGCUGGAACAACGGUAGGUGCUGGAAUCCUUGCAAUACCGGCUGUUACUCAAGAAUCUGGAUUUCUAGCUUCUGCAGUUAUUUGUAUCCUGUCUUGGGUUUUCAUGGUUGCAACGGGGCUGCUAGUUGCUGAAGUAAAUGUAAACACUAUGUGCGAACUUGGUUCUGGUGGUGUUUCGUUGGUAUCGAUGGCCAUGAGGACUUUGGGGACAGUUGGAGUUCAAAUUGCUUGUUGGUCAUACAUUUUUAUACACUAUGCACUCCUUGUUGCCAUAUUUUGACAAAUAUCUCGUUCUUCAGAUAUUUUGACAAAUUUUCUCGGCAUUCCACUAUGGGAAAGUGCGACCUUGUUUUCAUUGGUUUUGGGAGGCAUAUGCUACUUUGGGAGCCAGCGCUUACUUGGUGCAUUUAAUGGGGCUCUAGUACUGGGAAUUAUUGUUUCUUUUGCAGCUCUUGUGGCAGUUGCAAGUGGUGAUCUGCAUUGGGAAGCACUUCUAAAAGCCAACUUUCAAGCUGCUCCUAUGAGCAUACCCAUAAUUGUGCUUUCAUUUGUCUACCAGAAUGUAGUGCCCGUUCUUUGUACGAAUCUUGAAGGAAACCUGUCAAAAAUAAGGACUGCAAUUGUUCUAGGCACAGCUAUACCACUUGUUUUAUUUCUUGUAUGGAAUGCUGUUAUUCUUGGAACCAUCACAAAUCUUGAAAUGGCCUCUGAUAAGAUUAUAGAUCCAUUAGAACAACUGAGAUCUUCAAAUGGAGCUGUAGGACCUAUAGUUGAGGUGUUCUCGCUUCUUGCAAUUGCAACAUCAUACAUUGGAUUUGUAUUGGGUCUUUCAGACUUUCUUGCUGAUUUGCUAAAACUACCAUCUGGUGACAGAACACCUCUGCCAUACCUUCUAACUUUGUUUCCACCAUUGGCACUUUCACUUCUAGACCCUGAAAUAUUUUUCAAAGCACUGGACUUUGCUGGAACCUACGGAGUAUUGUUGCUGUUUGGAAUUCUUCCGGCUGCAAUGUCAUGGUCCGAUAGAUACUCAUCUCCAUCUCCAUCUCUGAAAUUACCCCAGUUGGUUCCCGGAGGAAGAGUCACACUUUCACUUAUUAUCGGAGGUUCAGGAUUUGUCAUUUUCUCCGAAUUACUAGGCAAGUUUGGGCAUUCAUAAGUACCAUUCCAAGAAAUGGAAUGACUAGGUUUGGUUUAAAGUUAUAGAGGUCUGAAAACAGCUUCUCUAAAGAUAUAAAAAUUCAAUCAUCCAUUGCUUCUAAGAAAAUUCUGACUCUUGAAUUGCAUUGCCUGACAAUUGAGAAUACAGAAAAUCCAUGACGAAAUCCACAUAUUUAUGUACUGAAUAGUUGAAUUUUCAAGAGCUUGGUAAAAGUUACAGGUUUCAUUUC